AUGCCGCUGAUAACCAUCUCCGGCUUUCCGUGCUCGGGGAAGACGUACCGCAGCAAGCAGCUGGAGGACUACUUUCGAUCCAAAAUCGCCCAGUCUGACGACCCCAGGAUCUCCAAGAUCAGCGUCCACCAUCUGAACGAGGAGUCGCUAGGCCUGUCCAGGGACGUGUACAACACGCCCCGUCUGGAGAAGGACGCACGAGCGACCGAGAUGUCGGCCGUCAAACGAUACUUGAGCCGGGACAGCGUCGUCAUUGCCGACGGGCUUAACUACAUCAAGGGCUAUCGCUAUCAGCUGCACUGCGAAGCGAAGGCCGUGCAAACACCGAGCUGCGUGAUCCACGUUGGCACGCCGGCAGACAAAUGUCGCGAGCUUCACGCCGCACGCUUGAAGGAGAACAGCCCGCUGGCGUACCCGGAAGCCGACUUUGAGAACCUCAUCUACCGGUACGAGGAGCCCAACGGCAUGACCCGAUGGGACAGCCCGCUCUUCACAGUGCUCUUCGAGGACGAGACGCCGCCCUUCGACAAGAUAUGGGAGGCCAUGAUCGGCAGCAGCGGCCAGGUCAAGGUCGUGCGCCCAAACGCGGCAACCGUCCUGAAACCCGCGACGGAGCAGAACUACCUGUACGAGCUCGACAAGGCCACGUCCGACAUCCUGGCCGAGAUCUCGGCGUGGCAGAAAGACCAUGCCGGGGAGAGCGGCGGCGAGGUCAAGGUGAGCGGUGUUGACGACGCCAUUCAGCUUCCUACGCACCCGUUGUCCCUGCCGCAGCUCCAGCGGAUGCGAAGGCAGUUCAUCGCCUUGAACCGACAGCACACGCUCGAAAAGGCGAGGAUCAGACAGCUAUUCGUGGACUAUCUCAACGACGCAUUUGGGCGGUGA